AUGAAAAUGGAGGAAGGCAUGCAGCUGAUUGAUGGAAAUGGCAAGUUCAACAUGGAAGGACUCCAAGAGUUCAUGACAACCACCAAAUUCGCUCAGUCCCAUCUCUCCUAUGCCAUUGUUGCCAUCAUUGGCCCGCAAAGCAGCGGGAAAAGCACCCUAAUGAAUCAGACCUUCCUUACCAAUUUCAAGGAGAUGGAUGCAUACAAAGGAAGAGGAAGACAAUCUAAUCAAGUAUGUUUCAGAGGUCAAACAACCAAGGGCAUUUGGAUUGCAAAGUGUAGCGAUAUUGACCCUUUCACAAUUGCCAUGGAUUUCGAAGGAACCGACAGCAGUCAAAGAGGCGAGGAAGACACUGCAUUCGAGAAACAAAGUACCCUAUUUGCCUUGGCAGUUGCUGACAUUGUAUUGAUAAACAUGUGGUACAAAGACAUAGGUCUGGAACAUGCAGCCAGUAGACCCCUGUUAAGAACAGUUUUCCAGGUCAUGAAGCGUUUAUUCAAGCCCCGAAAGAAAACACUGUUUUUUGUUAUACGAGAUCACACAAAGACGCCUUUUGAAUAUUUAGAGACUACUCUCUUAGAAGAUAUUGAGAAGAUUUGGGAUGCAGUUGCUGAACCCGAGACUCAUGGAAGUGCUGCUCUCAGUGAUUUUUUUAAUGUGGAGAUCACUGCUUUGUCUAGCUACGAAUUUGAAGAGGAGAAGUUUAAACAGCAGGUUGCUCAACUGAGGCAGCGGUUUGUCCAUUCCGUUUAUCCUGGAGGUCUUGUUGGUGAUAGGCGGGAAGUUGAACCUGCUUCAGUAUUUUCUAUUCGGGCAGAGACGAUAUGGAAAACAAUAAAAGAUAACAAGGACCUAGAUCUUCCUGCUCUCAAGGUCAUGGUUGCUGCUGUUCGAUGUGAAGAGGUUGCCGAGGAAAAGCUCAAACGCUUUACAUCCGAUACGGAUUGGUUAGCUAUGAAAGAAGCCGUUCAAGCUGGUCCAGUAUCUGGAUUUGGAGGAGAAGUCAGUUCUAUUUUGGAAAGAUAUAUUUCUGAAUAUGAGAUGGAGGUGAUCUAUUUUGAUCAAGAAGUACGGAAUGCAAAACGGGGACAGUUGUUGUCAAAAGCAUUGUUGGUGGUACACGAAACUUAUGUUACCAUGUUGGUACAUUUGUAUUCCAACACAGUUGAAAGUUUUAAAACUAGGCUGGAAGAGUCACUGAAUGAAGGGCAAGAAUAUGUUGCUUCUUUUCGUCUCUGGUCUCAAUCUUGCAUACUCAGUUUGAUCAAGGAUGUGAAGAUUGAGUGGAAUGCUUUGAAAUUCCGGGAAAAACUUAUUUUUUACAUGUUGUCAGAAUUGAUGGCAAAGGGCGAGAAAGAUCUCACUCAUGAACUUGAGAAAAGGGUAGAGUCCUUAAUUGAAGCUGGUGAAAGAGAUACAUGGACAUCAAUAAGAGAUCUUCUUGAGUGCAAAACUGAGGCUACUGUAUCAGAGUUUUCAGAUGCUGUUGUCAGUUUGGAGUUGCAUAGUUCUGCAGUCAACACUAAAUUGCAACAUUUGAGGGAGUUUGGCAGAAAUAUAGUGGAGAAAAAGGCAAGAGAAGCAGCAGAUGCAGAGAGAGUUCUGAUGCACAUGAAGGAGAGGUUCACAGAGUUUUUCAUUCAGUUUGAAAACUCAGUGUCAUGGUAUGAUUGGACUACAGAAAAAGGCGUUGAUGAAAUUGAAAGGAAUGCGCUCUCUGGGUCUUUGAAAUUCCUAUCAAUCAUGGCAGCCAUGCGCUUAGAUGAUAUGCCAGAUCAGAUUGAGAAUGUACUGUUUUCCUCUCUUAUGGAUGGAACUAUUGCUGUUCCAUCUUCCCAAGAUGAAGGCAUAGGAGCUACUAUGGACCCCCUCGCUUCGGACACAUGGGAAGAGAUCAAAUAUGAGCAGGUUUCUCCAAAAGCUACUACUCUACUUAAACCCAAGGACUGUAAGUCACUGUGGAUGAAGUUCAAAAAAGAGAUAAAGCCUACUGUGACUGGAGCUAGAUCCCGUCAGGAUGCUCGCAGGCGAACUCGCAACGAAAUUUUGACAGGUCUUGCGACGGGGUUAGGGAUAGCAAUAGCAGGGCCUGUUGCCGGAAUUGCGUUUUUUGCAAGAGCGACAAGGCGGUGA